ACAAACAAGCAUUAUAUCUAUGUGAUUAUUUUCGAUUGUAGAUGGCAAACCACAAUGCCGUCGGGUGAUUUUAGAAGAUUCUCAUUUCGUAUCCCUAGUGGUCCAAAAAAGAGCCUGACUAAGCCUGUUCGCGUGUAUCAGCCCACGUAUCAGCUGAACCCGAGAAAGCGGUUCAACGUCGAGAAGGUCCAGAAAAUUCUCGCGCAACUGCUAGACCCGGAGCUUGAGGAGGUCGAGUAUAGUGAGAAGGUAGUUCCGGAGCUGUGUGUGACACUGGCUGAAAGUAUUCGGAAUGCCGUGAAAGAAGAAAACUAUGACAGGUACCGAAUAAUAGUGAACGUAACGAUCUCCCAGCGACGGCAGCAGAGCCUCGUGGCGUCCCACUCAUUCUUGUGGGACUCCGACCGGGACAACUUCGCGGCACGAGAGUUCCAUAACCCGCACAUUCACGCCUUCGCGGUCGUCUAUGCGGUAUACUUUGACUAAACUUAUACUGAGAUACAGCACUAAUAAAUAAAUUAUUUUGUAACGGUGCAAUAAUAUUAUAUCACUAGAGGGUGCGAGCGAACUUCAACUCUAUUCAGUAAUAGCAAAGACAUAUGUAACUCCGUAUAGACAGAUAAAGUCUAAGAAAAAAACGUACCUCAGAACCAUAGAGAAAAAGGUACGGUGGGCUAGAUGGAAAUACACCUUUGGGGGACUCUCGGCUAG